CCAUGCAAUCCCAGAACAAGUUUCUCGAGGGACCAUCUCAGUUCCCCACUUGCUUCAUUGCCUUCGCUUCUUCUCCCAAAUCGGUCUGAAGACUGGUUCAGUGUCCAGGCUAAGUGAUAGGUGCUGUGUCACGGGGAACCUGGGAGUUGGAACCAAGAAGAGGCGAAAAGACUUCUAAUACCUACUAAAACCGAGCAAGAGGUCAGACCAACUGAAAAACACUGUCCGGUAUAACCCUGGACAGUUGACCACCCUAGUGACGACCCAAAAAGAGCUGAAAAACGAUGGAUUCAUUUGAAGUACGGCACCGCCAGAAAAUGGAACUGUGGAAACUGCGGGUGUUUCAGCCGAGAAAACGGACGGGGGCUAAGCCCAUCUCCACCCCAGUGCCCGGUCGAGACCGUCCUGUCCAGACCUCCCCGCCUUGCCCAGGAGCCGCCCCAGCAGCCGCCUACAGCCUAAAGGGAAAACUCAAAGUGAAAGCUUUACCAAAGGUUAAAGAAAAUGCCGAGCUGACCCAACUAGAUGAGACUCCUUCUACCUCACAGAGUGUACAGUUAAAUAUUACAGAAAAAAGGACAAUGGAAGAAAAUAUUGAAGAUGCCAAGAACAAGGUUCUGCAGAAAGAAUCAAAAAUGGUUAACUUAAAAAGUAAAGAGAGUCUGAGAAGCAGUCCAACAACUACAGAAGUGACAACCACUAUUGAUACUCCCUCAUUUCUGAGUUAUUCUGACUUGGAUUUCUCUGAAGAUUCUGAAGAUUUAAGUAGCUACCCAUCACCUGAAGUGUUCAGGGAAGCAGAUUGCAUAGAUUUUGAUGACUCGAAUGCCCAAAACUGUCUCAAAUAUAAGAAUUCUACUCUUCUGGACACCAGCAAAGCCAUAGCCAUAGAGGACGUUCAACAAUUUUCAAAUCUUUCUGCAAUUAGAGGGACUGUUUCAGGGGACUGUAAGGAACAGCCUAGCAAGAGAAAGGGAUCGUCAGAUGAUGAAAAAAAUGCUCCUAAAUCGAAGAACAUUUUAACUCCAGAAACUGGUAAGAAAGUUUAUAAGAUUUCACCUGCUGAGGAGAAAACUCCAGACACAAAGUCCAGAAUAUGUUCUUCGGCACCUGCCAAGCCAAAGAAAAAACCUAGAGUGCAUUCUGAACCCAGAAAUACUCAUUUUAAAACGAGGAUAAAUUUUUCCCGUGAUUUAAAAGCAAAGACUCCAUGUAACCAGAGAUCGGCCACCCAAGUUACUCCAAGUACAUCGAGUGCAGAGAUGCUUCCAGCUGAUCACCUGGAAAGUAAAAAGCUUGAUUUAUCGCCUGUGAAAAAAUCAUCUUUGGAGGAGGAAUUAUUACCAAACGUGAGCUGUUUUGUAAACUCAGAUGAAAUCGUUCCUACAUCCUUAAGUUCCGAAGAAGGCCUUCCUUAUCAGAUUCCACCUAAUGCACCUGAAAUAUGCUGCAUUCUUAGAGCUUCACCAGGAUCUAGAAUGGGGAAGAUCAAAUAUGUUACCAAAAAAAAAUCCCACCUUAAAAAAGAGCCUAAAGAUGGAGUCAUGAUGGAUUGACCGAGGGCAUGAGAGUUAUGACUGAAUCUUUCAGUUUCCUUCAAAAGUCAAAUGACAGGGGAAGCAAAAUACACUGAAAAAGUCUGCCUGGUUGAAAUUUGAAACGUAAAAUAAAAAUAUUAAAACUGAUAAAUAUUAUUAAUAUUUUUGUAGCUCAAAGUAGGUUGAAUCUUGUUCUAAAAUGUUCCAUACCUUAAAUAGCUAUUUCAUUUUGAGUAGUCAAGUUGAGUGCUAAAUAUUGUCUUAAAAGCAAAAGUUUAAAAAAGUAUGUAUGACAUUUAAAAUGGUUGAAAGGAAUUUGUAAAAAUAUUUGUGUUGGAUUAAAUUGUUGUCAGCUUAUUUUUGCUUUGCUGUAUUUCAAUUAAAUGUGAUAAAAACUUGAAGAAUUA